CACGCAACGUGUGCACUUCCUUCUUGCGUUCGCGCCCGGAAUGUGAUUCCGAAACCACCAGAUUUCCAGCAACGAGGAAGAAGUCCAAGAAGAAGGGCCGGACAUUGACUGCUUGUCAAACCCAGCUCCGUAUCGGAGCGUGCAAGCAGUACGUAGACGGCUCAGGUUCUCACAACUAUCGUCAUUUUCCAGGUAGACCUGGAAGUGGUGAGGAGAACGGGGUGCUAAGAAGCUAAGGUCGUCAGCCUGAACCUACCAUGGACCUUCAAAUGUUACUCUUGUCCGUGCUGGCAUUCGUGGCCGGCAUGCGAACAGCGCACGCGAGUUGCCUUGAUACGGAAGCAAACUGCUUCGCACCUACGACGAAUCAGGCUCCGUUCGCCACUGCCACUGCCACUGAAACAUGCGGCAUCGAGCUGGGAACGGAAAUGUACAGUUUUGGCGGCCUUCAAAUCGGAGGUCCCAUCCCACCCCAGAGCGGGUUUACGUGUGAUGCGUCGCUGCCGAAUUUCGCGCACAACGUUACCUCGCUGAACGACGGCAACGUCUCGUCGUGGUGGCAGGGACCGCAUAACAGGCGCGUGAACGCCCUGCGACUGAACUGGCCGAAUGGGUUCUUCAUGACCAGCAUCGCGAUCGAGCACCGCAGUGUCCGGCCGAGUCGUGCUACGCUGGAGUAUUCCACUGACAACGGGCUAACCUGGUCUGUCUACAACUUCUACGCCAGAAAUUGCCGGUCGCCGUCCAAUGGCUUUCCACUGGUACCAGAAGUCGACAUAAACAACUUACCGCAAGAUACAUCAACAGUAUGCUACGAACAGGAGUCAGGAACAAAUCCCGAAGACCGUGGACAGGUGACCUUCACCCCAGAGUCGCGCAUCGGACAGAGUCGCUUCACCAACGUCACGCUGAUUGAGAACUAUGUGGUGAUAACAAAUCUACGCUAUGACCUCUCCGUGCUCUUUACCCUGUCCGAGGUGCCCGAAAACGCCCGUGGAACGGAGGAGGCAAUGCGCUACUACUACGGAGUGUACGAGUGGGUUGUCAACGGAACCUGCCACUGCUAUGGCCACUCGAACAACUGUACGGCGCUGGCUGGCGAUACACCGGGGUUCCAGUCCGGUUGCAACUGUGCUCACAACACAAUGGGAGCAAACUGCGAGCAGUGCCUGCCGCUGUUCAACAACCGCACAUGGCUGCCAGGAACGGACACACAGGCAAAUGCUUGCGAAGAGUGCAAUUGCAACAACCAUGCCGUGUCGUGUACGUUCAACGCCGCGCUCGGCCAAGGGGUCUGCAACAACUGUACGGACAACACGGUGGGAAACAACUGUGAGGCCUGCGCGUCUAACUUCUUCGAGAACAUGGCCGUGCCGAGGACCGAUCCCAACUUCUGCCUGCCAUGCGGCUGUGACCCGAUCGGAACGCUGGAGAACACGGCUUGCAACUCCACUGGCCAAUGCCAGUGCCAGGCGAACGUGAUCAACCGACCGUGCAGCGAGUGCGCGGACGGUUUCUUCAACCUGACGAUUGACAACCAGCUGGGAUGCGAGCCAUGUCUGUGCAACGAAGCCGGCUCGGAAAACCUGAUUUGUGACAAGGAUAACAUUGGCCAGUGCCUGUGCAAAGCCAACGUCCACCAGCGCAUGUGUGAUCAGUGCAUGGACGGUUUCUUCAACUUGACGGCAGACAAUCCGCUGGGUUGCCUGCCAUGCGAGUGUGACUGUGGCGGCUCCACAACACCGAUCUGUGACAAGCAAACUGGGCAGUGUAUGUGUGUUCCUUUCGUCACCGGCCGCCAGUGCACACGUCCAGUAGACCAAUACUACUUUCCGGAUUUCGACUGGCUGCGCAUUGAAAUGGAAGACUUCCAGCUACCAAUGAUGGCAGAAAUCAUCCGCAUGGAGAAUCCCUUCCCGGCGAACAACUUCACUGGCCAAGGCGUCGUCAACUUCCCUGCUGGCGCCAAUCAAGCGUUAUAUCCACGACCGACACGGACCAUCCCGACGCCCGGCCAAUACCAAGGUGUUACAUGCCUGCCUACGGCGACAAACAGCCAAAUAAAUCCCGCCGUCGAUCCAUCACAAAUUGCACUCACCAUAACCGGCCCAGUGACGGUGGAUUCGUGCACCCUUCAUGUGUCACCUAACCUCUUCAUAGGCACGUGCCUAGUUGGUGACAUCUUCCUUCCCACAUUUAGCCAGCCAACUCUGGAUCUCCUUACAUUGUGCCAAAACCAUCGCAUCUCUCAGCUGACUUCGUGUGAGCAGGCGUUUGAUCCACGCUGCGAGUCCAUCACCUUCACCACCAUGAUGGAUCUGUGGGAAAGCGCCCUGCCUUGCACCUGUGACGGUGUUGGCUCAUCCAAUAACACGUGCAAACAGUACGGUGGCCAGUGUUUCUGCCAGCCCAACGUCCAAGGCAGAACGUGUGACGAGUGCGUGCCUGGCUUCUUUGGAUUCAGCAACACUGGAUGUCAACCAUGCGAGUGUGUGGUGGAAGGUAGAGUUGAUAAUCUCUGUAGCCCAACGGACGGACAGUGUAACUGCUUGCCCAACGUUGCUGAACGGGACUGCCGCCGAUGCGAGACCAACUUCUUCGACUUCGGCAAUGCAGCUGGUUGCUCACCGUGCGAAUGCAAUCCUGACUUCAGCACUAGUCUCCAGUGCAACAACACGGGCGUGUGCACAUGCUUGCCCGGCGUCGGCGGGGAAAAGUGCACCGAAUGCUUGCCGGGAUUCCACUCCAUCAUGCCCGGCAUUGGAUGCACUCCAUGCACGUGCGACCUGCGCGGCACUCAGGAAGGACGUACGUGCGACAACGUCACGGGACUGUGUCCAUGCAAGGAGAACACGAUGAACGCAAACUGCUCAGAAUGCCGGCCAGGAACUUACGGCUUGAGUUUCACCGCUCCUCAAGGCUGUUUUGACUGCCUGUGUUCGAACAAGUCGUCGGAGUGCAUGGCCGCAUCCGGCUACCGCCUUAGCACGUUUGUUGAGAAUUUCGAGAACGAUGUGGCUGGAUUUGUGGCAAGCGACCCAAGCGUGGGUAUUGCUCAGAAUACGGGUGACGGCGAAACAUUCAUCACAUCCCUGAUAACUAACCUCUUCCCACCACUCAAUCCGGACAUUUUCUAUAAUGCCGGUGCCGGUGAAUUCUUGGGAGACUUAUCUCGAUCCUUGGGCCACCGUCUGACGUUCACACUUCUCGUGCAAAUUAGCACUGGUGCACCGAACGAAGUGAUCGUUCCCUUACCAGCAGGUACACUGAUUGAUGUGCUACGCAUCGAAACCGACCUUCCUGGAGUGUCCCCUAUCGUUGCUGCCAUAGAGGCGCCUAUGGUUGAUACUGCAGCUGAAAUCUCCAUUCCCCUGUACACAGGCGACAUCAUGCGCGUGGGAAGUGUGAACGGCCCUCUGGCCACAUUGCAGGAGAUCCGUGCUGUUCUGCAGCGCGUGACACGACUGGGUAUCCGUAUGACCGGAUACGUGGCACCUUUCCCGGGUCAAAACUUCGGAUCGGUCACACUGUUUAAUGUGACGCUCGGUAGGGCAGUGCUGAGCAGUGAUAUGUCACUGCCUGAGGUGCAGAGCGUCGAGGACUGUGCCUGCCCGGCGGCUUACAUGGGCCUGAGCUGUGAGCAGUGUCGCGUUGACACGCACACUCGUGACUUUGACCUGCGUGGUCUGACUGGCACCGCUGAGAAUGUGUUCGACGUCUGCGUCCCCUGCAUGUGCAACUCCCACUCCGUGUCCUGCAGUCAGAUCGAGGGAAUCUGCAACAACUGCGGCGAUAACACAGAAGGUGAUCAUUGUGAGAAUUGCAGCGACAUGUUCUUUGGCGAUGCCACGACUUCAGUCACGGCCUGUCAGCCAUGUGCCUGUGACAUGAUCGGAUCAGCUAACAAUUCCUGUAACCGGAUGGAUGGCCAGUGCCCGUGUCAGCCAAACAUUAUCAAUCGCCAGUGCACGGAAUGUCGCAACACCACGUUUGGCUUCUCAGCAGCUGGAUGCAUGAGCUGUGGCUGCAACGUCAAUGCCACAAUGAUGAACACGUGUAUCGGCGGACAGGACGGCGACUGUAUCUGCAGUCAGGUGGAUGGACAGUGCGAUUGCCAGGACAAUGUUGAGGGCCGUACAUGUACAGACUGUGCAUUCGGCACCUUCGGAAUCGCUCCGGCCUGUGUCGUCUGCCACCCAUGCUUUGAGCUGUGGUUCGACAUAAUCCAGCGACUGUCGGUCAUGGUCGAGUUCCAGGACAAUCGCACGACGGACGCGCUGUUGCGUGCGUUCGGCGGCUUGUCCGCGAUGGAUAUCAUGGACCGUCUGAACCAGAUCAGAAUGAAGCUGGACCAGUCGGAGGCGCGCAUCAAUGAGCGUGAUGACAUUGAGCUGGAUGGCUUGCUGAGCACCCUGGAGUCGGCUUACCAGACUGUCUUGGCCAGCUUCACCUCGGCCAGCACGGACAUUGACCAGGUUGAGGAGUCUCUGAACUUCUCGCUGUCGCGUCUGCCGUUCAUUGAGAACUUCACCGGUGCGGUGACCGUGUUUGACGGCACGGUUAUCACGGCUGAAGAGCUUGAUCAGCUGAGUCGUGUACAGAACAUGAUGGCUAUCAACGUCACCAGCACUGCUAACAGGGAGAACAUGCUGCUGCAGGAUGUGGCCGCUCAGGCCAAUGUGUCCGUGCAGUCGGCACGCGAGAGCCAGCGCAUCGUAGCUGCUGCCCUGGCCAGCGCCCAGAGCACACUGGCCGGUGUUCCUGGCCUGGAAGCGCUGCACGCAGAGUACCGCGCUCUGUACCAGGCAAACGAAGCCUACAUCGGCAUGAGCACAACGGCGGUGGAGAACCUGGAGGCAUACUCCAUGAAUGCUACCAGUAUCAUCACGAUGGCCUAUCAAGUUGUGACCGCAGCCAAUUCCACCGCCUACAUGGCCAGAGUGCAGGCUGCAAGUCGCCUGGUCGAGGCACAGCAGCUCGCCGCCAACGUAUUGAGCAUAGCCAUUCUGGCCAACGCCACGUACGAGAGCGCCGCCAACGGUUCACGUGCUGCCAGCGCCGUGCAGGCCGCAGCCUUCGACGCCUAUCAGCGCGCCAACACCAACUUGAACGAGCUGGCCAGCAUCAAUGCCACCUUGCAGGGCGCGUACAUGAGCCUGCAGCAGGCCCGGGACGCUGCACAGGCCGUGCGUGACCUGCAAACGCCCACCGUGGACGACGUGGAGCUGGUGCGCAACCUGAGCGAGCAGAUCAACGCCAGCAUCGUGCCGCAGAGCGAGAUCGACCGUGUCCUGGCCGACGCUCGAGAUGCUCUGAUGCAGGCCGAGGAAAUCCUCGCUGUGGUCCAAGCCGCAUACAACACGAGUCAAAUUGCCUACGACAUGGUGGCCGAGAUCCAGACCGUGCUGCAGCAGGUUACCAUGUACACUGAAAACGUCAAUGAGUACAUCAACCGUGCUCGCACCUACAUCCAGCAAGCCAACGAUACACUGCAGCAGACGCGCCAAGCAGCGUAUGAUUUAGUGAGCCUGACAAACGAGCUCCGCGAUGUGGUGAACAACGAGGCCCGACCCGACCUGGAAGCCACUCUCACCUGCCAGUCUGCUGUGACCAAUGUGUUGCAAGAGGCGCUCGCCACGGCUACAAGGCUGUGCUCCAUCGAAGGGCCAAUCCUGCAGUCGGAGGUGGAGUCGGCAGAGGCCAACGUCGCAGCGCUGCAAGCCCAGGCCACGGCGCGCUACAGCGAGGUUGCCAGCACACAAGACCUGGUGGUCAACGCCACGCAGGCUGCUGACAACGUGCGCGCAGCACUCGAUGCCCGCCCCAGCGCCAGUGCUGUCACCGCCCUUCUGACCGAGUACAUACAGCUGCAGAUGGAGAUCCAGUCAUCGCAGACACGCGCAGUCAUGUUUGAAUCUCAGCUGGAUAGCAUCGUUGCCGCCUUUGAGCAAUUGUCGCUGCGGUGUCCGGCAUAGAGUUAGUCGCUUGGCCGUUGAUCCCCGUCUCUUGCCGAAUUCUCGAGGCUGCUUGCUGCGAUGUUGCCAGUACGUGCGCAAUGCCUCUACUGUGUGUGCGUGUGCGAGAAGUUAGGUAGGUGAUCGCACGAUACACGCUCUCUACGAACCACCUCUCUAACUCUGGCUUGGCAGUAAAUUCGUAGUGGGGAUUGUAUUAUGACCGUAAUAUUUUUGGGAGGUACGGUUGUUGAUGCUACCUGGCUUCUGUAUCACAGGAUAACUUUGCAAGCACCACCGUCGUAUACCUAUACUAGUGCAGGCACUUGCAUCGCGUUCUCUCGUCUUCUCACAGCUUCCUUCUCCUCCCCUGCUCAUCAUAACAGUAUGCAUGAACUGUAAUCUUAAAGCACAUUUCUCCCUUGCACGUAUUUCCGUAGAUAAAGUUAGUGUCCAACGGCAAGAUAAGGAUUAAGAUUGCAUUCGUGACGCGGUCGGCGGCUACCUUCCGUUGGCAUGGCACCCCUGACUAGGCAGUACAUGCACUGUCUGUGAUGGUUGUGAGUAGUAAGUUGGCCGUGGCUCUUUCCCAGUAGUUUGCUAUGGUGCGGUUUCUGCGAGUGUCUUUUCUUGCAGCGGCAGCCAAUUCCCAAGGCCUGCUUGAUUGUUUUCUCACAAAAUCUUCUAAUUUUGAUAUUGUCAGCAGACCCUGA